CAUGGCCAUCUUUCCAGCGGUUUACAUCCCGCACAUGCGCAUAUGCAUGGCGGCUGGUAUGCCGGCGGCAUGGGCGCUUUGGGUGCUUCUAGUGGCCUACAGGGCGGCUUCUCAACGGCGGGUUCACUGGGUGGCGGUGUGGUGCCACAUUCGCAGCCAUAUCAUCUUGGUUUGGGUUCGAUGGGCACCUGGCGGACGGACUACACGUGAUGGAGCGGGAAUAAUUUGAAUAAUAAUUUUUUCAACUGAAAGUAAACAAGGCAAAGCAUUUGCAAAAAAAUAGAA